AUGGCCAUUGACGGAAACCCGGCCGACAAGUUGCUGGAUUCAACGAGCGCGGUCGUCGUCGUUCUGGGGGCAUUGGCUCUCGUUGUCUCGAUCAACUGGCUCGCAGGAACGGGGCCAUUGAACAGACGGCGCACUUUCGUCAUUCUGUUAAUUUUUGUGAUCGCUGCAGGGAUCGCCCAUGUGUUCAUGCGUAGACAAUGGCUGAGGUACAGACGACUCCAAGCACUGUCAGAGGUCACUGCGUUUGUUUCAAACUCUCAGGAAUUCGACAGCGCGACUGGCGCAGCGAUUGCUCUGGUGCAGGAGGUGGAACUUGUUUCCAGAGGUUACCGUCUGAGUGCGCCUCUUCCGCCCAUCAGUCGCAUAGAGGAUCGCUCACAGACUCGCAAGUGCGUGCGCCUCCGCAGGGCUCUGAGGGCGUGCUUCGCGGAUGUCAUUCCCGCAUACGAUCAGACCGUGGCGGUAGUGAAAGGGUUCUCGGAACAACUCGACCUCGAGAAGUACUACGAUAUUUACGAUAUUAGCGAUUUCGACAUGUCCGAUGCCCAGCAGGGCUUCAAGGAGAACGAAUUUGAGGAUACCGAGUCUUUGAGGACGCUCAAGAUCCUCGCCGCACGGUUCCACACCAUCCGAAAGAUGUUUCUGUGUGCAUUGUUGGCCCUAGACGCGAGCGGUGAGAGUGAUGACCUCUUGAAAUGGACUACCACAGUGGAAGCGGUGCGCACUCUCAAUACGGUCACUCAGAGGGCAUUCGACAAUCUGAGAAGACUUCUGAGCGAUGAGGAGUCAUUCCCACCACCACCAACUCCAAAGAUGCCAUUAACACCUGGUCGGGAGAGAUGGAGAUCGCAAUUACGGAAACUCAACUCUUUAUCCAGCGGUAUUCGUGGCUUACAGGCCAAAUUGACGCUGUUGAGGGAGGAGUCUGACCGAAGCCUCAAUGAGUCUGACGACAUUUCUGAGCUCGGAUCCAACCUCAUGUCGCAAUAUGAGUCCAUAGGGGCUGACCUGAAGAUAUUGAUGCAGGCCUGGGAGGAAGGCAAAGCGGCACUCGCUCUGGGUAUCGACCGGAACGAAAAGCGACUUUCUUCCAUGAGCACACUACUGUCUCCGACCAGCUCUCUCAGUGGGCUCACGACAGUCGAUGAAGGAGGCGGAGCAGCCGAAGCCUUGAAAGCUUUGAACGGAGAAUCCCCUUCAAGUCUAGACUUUAGCAGCACAGGAGAGCCCGACACGGAAGAGAUUUUUGAGGCGGUCGCUAAACCGUUCCGGCCCCGCAGCUUAUUGACGAGAGAUGAGCGCAUCGUCAAGAUGAGAGAAGACCGGGAGAAACGAGAGAUCGCCAAAGAAAAGGCGGAUGCCAACAAAGGCAUGCUCAAGGAACUUGAGAUGGUCAUCAACCUCCGACCCCGCCCACGAACCGGGACGAAUCCAUCACGCAUUGUUUCGAUGUGA